UAAAAAUAUAGGUCUAGUAGAUGAAAGGCCCAUAAAAUCAACUAGGGUUAGUUCUUCUUCUUAUAGAGCGCCGCAUAUAAGCUUCAUCCUUCUCCGUCACCACCGGCUCUGUAUUUCGGCAUUUGUGGAGAGAAGAAGGUAAAGAGAGAAGAUAGAAACAUAAAAUGUCGGAGAAGAAGGGAAGGAAAGAGGAGGUGGUGACCAGAGAGUACACCAUCAACCUUCACAGACGCCUUCAUAGCUGUACCUUUAAGAAGAAGGCUCCAAAGGCGAUCAAGGAGAUAAGGAAGUUUGCUGAGAAGGAAAUGGGGACAAAGGAUGUGAGAGUGGAUGUUAAAUUGAACAAGCAGAUUUGGAGCAAAGGUAUCAGAGGUCCUCCGAGGAGAAUCAGAGUCCGAGUUGCUCGUAAGAGAAAUGAUGAUGAAGAUGCAAAGGAAGAGUUCUUCUCUCUUGUCACUGUUGCUGAAAUCCCUGCUGAAGGACUCUCUGGCCUCGGCACUAAGAUCAUUGAAGAAGAGGAUUAAACUAUCUUAUAGUAACAACAACAUUUGAUCAGAUUUUUCGAGUUUUGUUUUUCGAAUCUUUAUUGGAGAGAACAUUUAUCUUCUUGAAUCCUUAAGCCUUGAAUCAUAGUAUGCGAUUGAGACAGAAUCUCAGUCUUGUGUCGUAAGUAGUCUUCAACAAUCCUUACACUUGUUUCGGUAAAGUUUGAGCAUCUGGUUCGAUCAUGAUAAUAUCUGCAGCUAUGAAUAAGUUUAUGCA